AUGCGUGUAUUAAAACUACUGAAAAACGCUACUGGUGGUGCCAGUAUUAGUUUACUUCCCGAGGAUAAAGAGGAUUUAUUCACCAUUCAUCAACUGAUCGAUAAAGAUGAUGAAAUAAUUUUCAAGAAAAAAUUCACAACGAAGACUGCACAAGUUAAUGAACAAAGUUCUACCACUAAGAAGACAACGGAUUUAGCAAGAUUAAGAAUCAAAGUUCUUUCCAAUGAAUUUUCUCUGGCUGAUGAUUAUUUAAAAUAUAAAGGUGUCACCACUACGGAUGAAUCAGGUCAAUCAAAUGUUGAUAUUCCUGUGGGUAAAUUUCUUUCAUUUGUUGUGAAUUUCACUUACCCUUUUACAAUUAUUAAGGAUGAAUUUGAUAAAUAUGCUGAAAAAUUAUUAAAUAAUGCAUGUAAUCCUGAAUCUAAAUCAGAUACAGCUGCUGUAGUAUUACAAGAAGGUAUCGCUCAUGUUUGUUUAUUGACACCAUCCUCUACCAUCUUAAAGCAAAAGAUAGAAUAUAGUAUGCCGAAGAAGAAAAGAUCCACUGAUGUAAUGAAAUUCGAUGAAAAGACAACAAAAUUCUAUAAGGCAAUCUAUGAAUCCAUUAAGAAAAAUUUCGAUAUUUCUAAUUUGAAAUUAAUUUUAUUAUGUUCUCCUGCAUUUUAUGCCAAGACACUUUAUGAUAAAAUAUUACAAUAUGCUAAAGAGGAACAAAAUAAAUUGAUUCUAAGUAAUCAAAACAAAUUCUUAGUGGCUCAUUGUUCUACAGGUUAUUUACAAGGUAUUAGUGAAGUUCUUAAAGAUCCAUUAUUUACAUCGAAAUUAAACGAUACUAAAUAUACACAAGAUGUUCAAAUUUUGGAUGAUUUCUUGAAACAUUUAGAUGCAGAUGAUUUUAAAGCUUGGUAUGGUGAGAGUGAAGUUGUAAAAGCUGCUGAAAUGGGGGCUAUCAAUUAUUUAUUAAUAACAGAUAUUAUAAUGAGAUCCUCUGAUUUAGUUCAAAGGAAAAAAUUCCAAAACGUGGCUGAUGUAGUCGAACAGAAUGGUGGUAAGGUCAUUGUUUUCAGUACCUUACAUGAAUCCGGGGAAGAAUUAGAUAAAUUGACAGGUGUAGCUUGUAUCUUAAAGUAUCCAUUGCCUGAUCUAGAUGAAGAUUAUGAAGACGGUGAAGAUAUAUAA